UGCAUACUAAAGAAAAUUGGAUUGGUCGAACAUUAGACGAUAGUAUUGAAUUGAAAAACAAACCUAUUACAUCACAUGUUGCCAGAAUGGUUGGAUCUGCUGAUUAUGAUGCCCCGGCAAAAUAUAAAAUAGUUCGACAAUCUCAACCAUAUGAUAUAAAAAAUUUCGAUUUUAUGUUAGAUCGUAUGACUGGGGAUGGUGAUGAUCGAAAACAUGAUGAUGUAAUGCGUUUUACACAAUGUGUUACAGGGAAUUAUUGGUAUUUUCCUAGUCAACCGGAAUUUGAUCGUUUAAUUGGUAAAGGUGUAUGGGGAUUUUGGUGA